GAGGUCAAUGAGUGUCGAAUUUGGUUAACAAAAAAUGUAAUGGCUUAUUUGCGGCGUGUUGCUUAUUUGAUCUAAUGUACAUUUUGUAAUGCUUAGGUUGUUCUGAGUCUACUGAUAUAAGUAGGACAGGUAACAUCCUGGCAAAUUUGAGAAAAAAACACUAUUGGAGUUAAUCAAACGGAUCAAUCACUCGCCACCAGCAUUUUCUAUUGAACUGUGAUCGUGUCUGCUGCAAACAUGGAGACCAUAUGGCCCUUCACCUGUUCACCCUCCUGCUGACUGCCCUCCCUGUGGUCCACUGCCUCCCCACUGCCUUCCAGGACCUGGAGCAAAGCAGUAAGAACCAAACGUCCAUCCGGUUCCUGGCUCUGGGGGACUGGGGCGGGGUGCCCUACCCUCCCUACAUCACACCGGUGGAGAAGGCUACAGCCUGGGAGAUGGGCAAGAUAGCAGAGCAGAUGGGCGCAGACUUUGUUCUUGCCCUGGGUGAUAACUUCUACUACUCUGGAGUGAACAGUGCAGAUUCCCCAAGAUUCCAGGAUACCUUUGAGCGCGUGUACACGGCUGACUCUCUCAACAUUCCCUGGUACAUCCUGGCUGGAAACCACGACCACGCGGGCAACGUCAAGGCUCAGAUCGACUACAGCCGCAAGUCUGACAGAUGGCGGUUCCCUCACUACUACUACGAGCUGAACUUCCGUAUCCCCAACACGAAGCGCACUCUGAGCAUCAUGAUGCUGGAUACAGUGAUGCUGUGUGGUAACUCUGACGACUACGAUGAUGAGAAGCCUCGCGGACCCCUCAGCACCAUUGAGGCCAACCGACAGCUGACCUGGCUGCAAAAGAGGAUGGCCCAGUCCAAGGCUGACUUCCUGCUUGUGGCUGGUCACUACCCGGUGUGGUCAGUGUCCGAGCACGGCCCCACAGAGUGCCUCCUGAAGAGACUACGCCCCCUUCUGGUCAAGCACAAGGCCACUGCAUACUUCUGUGGUCAUGAUCACAACCUGCAGUACCUGAAGGAGUCUGGUGUGGGCUAUGUUGUGAGCGGUGCCGGUAACUUCCUGGACCCAGACACGCGUCACUGGCACCAUGUCCCCAAAGACACCCUCAAGUUUUUUACAGGCCAGGCCUCUACCCUGGGAGGCUUUGUCCACGGAGAGGUAACCAAGAACAAGAUGACCCUCACCUUCAUCCAGGCUAAAGGGACGUCUCUGUACCGCACUGUCUUGCCACGCAGGGACAUCGACAAUGACCAAAAUGGCAGCGACGACAAGGAUUAGCCCUAGUGGAAGAGAUGACGAAAUAGACGGUCACAAUUGACCUGUGUGUAUAUAUAUAUGACCGAGCCCUUAAAUUAAGAACUACAUAGAUUUAUUUUACAAUACUUUAGCAGUUCAAUUCUGUCAAAUUACAAUUUACCCAGAUGUAGUCCUUCGUAAGGGCUAGAUAUUGACCAUGUACAAUAGGAUGGACGGCUGAGGUGUGGAUACAGACGGGCAGGUAUUAUAGCUCAUGUUUGGUGGAUGGAUGGAGUUCAGGUUGAGUUUUUAGAAAACAACUUAGGCAUUAUGAGUUUGCCUGAAUGUAGCAUGAAGGAGAAAAAUGUUUUUUAAUAAAUAAGGAAAGGAUGUUGUACGAUUUUUUUUAUUUAUGUUCACUUAAAGAAUAAAUAACCUUUUGGAUUUGUUUUCCUGUAGUUUGUACAUAUUGAUGCCAAUCUGUUAAAUCUUUCAAGGCUUUUGCUAUAUUGAUCAUUGGGUCUCAGGAUUAGCCCAUUACAUUGGCAUUGAAGGACCAAAUCAUCUAUUUAUCCUUGUACAUGCUGCCCUCUGGUGACUAGGCUAUUUCACUGCACUGCAGUUAAGAAUCAGGGAAAACGCGUUUGCCAGUGUCCUAAAUUAAUUGACUCAAAAAGGCCAGGCUCUGACAAGGGUUGAUGACUGUAAUAACUCAACUGAAGGGUGUUCAUGUAAGUCCAAACGUCGUGAUCAAAUUGGUCUUAGAUAGUUGGACAGAUUGACGGUUGCUCCACUUCUUUUCAAA